UGAGCAUGCUGCAGAACUAUGCGGGCUUUGCCAUGCUCACCUUCAGAUCGCCCCCCCCCCCCCCCACUUCCGUCCCCCUCUCCCCCCCUUCCCUCCCGUCCACCCCGUGCAUGUCGUCCCGUCCCCACCAGGCACGCCAGUGAGCAUGCUGCAGAACUGUGCGGGCUUUGCCGUGUUCGCUUUCAUCUUUGAGGGCAUGAACCCGCCACCCCCACUUCUCCCGUUUCCCCCCAUCCCCUCCUCCCUCCACCCCCCCUCCGGUUCCCGCCUUCCCUGUGCGUCCCCACCAGGCACGCCAGUGAGCAUGCUGCAGAACUGUGCGGGCUUUGCCGUGUUUGCAUUCAUCUUUGAGGGCAUGAACCCACCGCCACAGCCCGCUGUAGCAGCCGAGCUCAACCUCCUCGGCCUCUCCCCUCCACACGCCCACUGCAGCAGCAGCAGCAGCAGCAGCAGCAGCAGCGGCAGCGGCAGCGGCAGCGGCGAGAAGCAGUGUGAAUAUGAUACCUGUGAUUUCUGUAGCUUUUCCUCCUGCUCCUACCCCUCCUCCUCGUCCGUUUGCUCUGAUUCAUUGUCGAUUUCUGCUGGCUCUGCUGCUGCUGAUGCCUCCCUAUGCAGCAGCGUAAGCAGUAGAGUUAGAAGACAGGUGGCAGGCAAGAUUGGCCACGCCAACAGCAACAGCAACGGCAGUUGCCCAGUCGUCUACUCGCCGCAGUGCCACCAGCAACACUUACUGACAGUCCUGCCGCUUUCGCUCUCACUCCCACUCGCUGCUCAGAUCGCCUCGUCCUCCGCAUAUCACUUUUGA